UUGAGUGAGAUUGUGAGUCUCACCGUAAGUUUCAUCGGCUACCGAAAACACGAUUCUAUUCUUAGAUUCAGGGGAGUCAACGAUGUGAUUGUUGUGGUUUCCAUGAAGAGCCGCAAACCCUAAAAUCAGAUGCACAGCUUUGAAGGAAUUAGGGAUAUGUUUCAAGCCCUAGUUUCGGAAGCGUUAACGCGUAUCUGCACAAUUCCGAUAAACGCAUACUUAGGGUGGAAAUGGUGUUUGAAAUUGUUGCAGAAGGGCAUCAGAUUCAGGAGUUUUAGGUCACAGAGUUGGCCGAUUUUCUGUUUAACAGAUACAUCCUUCGAUGAACACAAUUCAGUCUUUUCUGUCGUAUGGGAGAUUUCGUGCCUUUCCAGGUUUCGGUUUUCGGAGCGAGGUAUAAAUGCCCGUGGUGUAUUGUGCAUACUGUGGCCAAAUUAGGUCACAGAUUGCCAUCGUCGCCUACUCGGUGACCAUUUCCCGUGGGAAUCGGCGAAUAUCUGCUUUGUUUCGGGCGCUCGAAACUGCCUCGAAUGAUUGCGUAAGAAAGCGUUGAGGAUCGUGGUGCGAUAGUAGGCAGGGAGUUGGGUGGAGCUGCAGCCGCCCCUUGGCGUUCUGGAGGCCGCCACCUGAAUCAUUAUGUGUGGUGAUAGAAUUUGAACUACAGAGAUCAUUUUGGUGGGUUGCAUCAUGGUGCUUGGGUUUAAGUUUUGAAGAAGAAGAGCCGGAAGGUCGAUUCUUCUGUCGAGUAUAUAGCGUUGACGGUGCAUGCAGGGAGUGGCGUGGGCUUGCGAUCAAGAGAGGAAGGGAUUGUUGGGUGUGUGAUCAGGGGAUUAAGGAGGGGCUUCCUUAGAGUGAAUUUGGCCCGAAAGGGUGGGGGGCGGCCGUGAGAGGCCGUGGGUGGAUGGAGCAAGCUGGCUACCGUAACAGAAGUCGUGGUGGUGUGCUCAGGGGCGGAUGCGGGGGUUACGGUGUGGGAUUUGCACUCCGGCCUUGUGUUAUCACACCUCCGCUCCUGCGCCUCGCCGCGCAAUGCACUCGCUCCCGUUGGAUCCCACUUUCUGGCGGCUGCCCAGGUGCCUAAGCCCUCGGGUGGAGCUGGAGGUGGCGCCAUCUACUUCUGGGCUUGGCACAAGAGUCAAGUAGCAUUUAAGAGCUAUCCCGUGGAGCCUAUCGGUCCUCUGGCGUGCACCAGCGAUGGAGCUUACCUUGCCGGUGGUGGUGCGUCUGGUCGAAUCUAUUUCUGGGAGGUGGCGACCGGGCGGUUGCUGAGGCUUUGGUCUGGCCACUACAAGAACGUCAGCUGCCUAGUGUUCUCUGAUGACGACUCGUUGCUCAUUUCUGGAGCGGAUGACGGCCUCGUUAAUGUCUGGCCUCUUAUCAGGGUUCUGGAUAUGGGAGAGGAUGGCCAAGGAGCAGACGGACAAGUUGCUGCGAUGUAUGGGUGGUCUGACCACACCUUGCCAGUUACAGGACUUGUUUCGGGCUCUGGUGGCUCUAGUGCUAUUGUCGUGUCCUGCUCUUUGGAUCACACAUGCAAGAUCUGGAGUCUUGCUCUUGGAACUCUUCUGAGGUCAAUCGUUUUCCCGACAGCAUUGAAUGCUAUUGUAUUAGAUCCUGGUGAAUAUGCGUUGUAUGCCGGCGGUGCUGAUGGCAGGAUUUUCACUACCGCUCUAAAUUUUGGAGUGCCUACCACGGCUGGAAUUUUGGCCGAUGGGAACCUUGGCACGGAUGCCGCUCUUAUUGGUCACAGUCGUGCAGUCACAUCGUUGGCCUUUAGUAUGGAUGGAGUGUCGCUGGUUUCUGGAUCUGAGGAUUGCACAGCACGUCUCUGGGACACAUCAAGUCGUCAAGUUCUGAGAACCUUCGCACAAUCUAAAGGACCCAUUAGUUGCUUGCUAGUGUUACCGCGAUCUUUAGUACAAUCUCAUGGUUCACAGCCGGGGCGAUCUGUGAAUAGGCGAGCUCCAACAAUUCCAGUGGCUCCAUUAAGCAAGUAUGUUGCGUCAGAUGCGGUGGCUCAUGAUGCGAACCCUUGGGAAGGACCCCUUGUUGUGCUUCCUUCUUCGUAUCCAGAAGAUGAAGAUUUUGAAGGUCAUUCAUAUAGCUACGUUGCCAUGGAACGCCAAAUUAAAGAGCUAGAGCAACGUGGAUCUACGGCAGCUAUGCAAAUGGAACUUGAAAGAUUAAGAUCGGAGUUGCGCCGGGCUUUGAAUAAUGGGCAGCAAUGGCAACAACUACAUCAGGAAUUGUAUUGCUUUUGUGUAGAUGAGUUAAUGGGUGGUAAUAAGGAGAGAGAUGAGGAUGAAGAGAAAGACGGAGAGAAAGAUAAGGAAAAAGAUAAAGAUAAGCUUAAAGGAAGAGGAAAGGUAGUCGAUACGAUGCGGGACAAGUAAAAUGUAGAGAACUGUGUUACCUAGUCAGAAUCUUCUUAUGUCCUGGUUUUGGAAAUUUAGCUGAAAAUAUUGCCACCUUUGCUGUUCUUACUUGGGAAGUAGCCGGGUCUAUUUCUAGUAGUCGUGUUUCAAAAACUCGUCACGGUGCCUCUUCUUAUUGAUGCAUGCGCCUGACAGUUGUUCACGUAGUCUUUUUUUGCAGUCCAAUGGAAAGAAUUCUGAAGUUAUUUGAAUGGAUGUUACCCCUGUACUUUGGAUAAAGAUCAUCUAAAAUGGAAUUACUGACAA